GUUCCCAGUUCCCACUAUUCGAUUGAGCUCAAACUUUACAUGCAUAUGUGUUGGGGGACAUUGCAGUAUCAUAGUAUCAUCGAGCUGAUCUUAUGAUGAUGGAGACAGGAGGUGGCCACAGGAACUCUGAUAAAACAACCAACCUAAUUGUGCUUCUUUUGUUAGACCUUUAUGGUUAUUAGUUGCCUGUUGCAAAAAUUAGUCGGCGAUAAGAGCUUGUAUCAAUUUUUUUUACAUAAACUUAUUUGUUAUAUCAGAAGGCCUACCGCGAACCACGUUCGACGUGUUGCCUCCCUCUCACGCUUACGUAGGUACGAAUGUACAAGUGCGACAGAGAGGCAACACGUCGAACGUGGUUCGCGGUAGGCCCUCUGAUCUUUGAACAUGAAUUGUUCUUCGCACCAAGAAAACAAUCCUAAAAGUAUUAAUAGGCAAUGAGCAUCACACAAUUCACACGUACACCUUCGCUUCCUAAGAAAAACGUCACAAGUCUAUGUCAGCUUAAUACUUAACUGUCUUUUUUCCUCAAAUCGGGGGUUCAGACAGGUUUAUUCACAUCUAAACACUUUGUAACGUAUGUCUAAAGAGAUAAAGUGCAAAAUCGUGUAGAUACUUUUAAAUCUCACCCUAAAGACGUUCACAUACCUAUCGAUCGGUCCAGCACGCAGCAUCGCGCAGACUCCGCCCCUAGUAUCCGCGCCGAACGGCUAAACGCACAGAAAAUACUUUAAAAAAUGAUAAAACCCAAUCAAAAAUAACCCUAAACCCUUUAAAACACCCCAAGAAACAAAACACAGUGAUUUAUAAAAGUGUUCAAAUUAAGAACAUAACGUAAGUGUUUUCAGAAUGAACGUUCGAAAAUUCUAAAAUGGCCGUUCGGUCGGGGUAGGAUAAAUUUAGCUUAGUAAAGAAGUCUUCCAUUAGAUUAAGUGUGUAAAAUAUAAGUGUUAACCAGUCUUCCAAGUUAGUCAAGAUGAAUUUGGGUCGGUUUAAGUUGCCCCCGAUCAAGAAUGCUUUGGAGGUGGCGAUGCAGACGGUAAGGCAGCAGAUGCCUGAUAAACCUGGACCGCCGCCGCGUCCACCGCAGGCCGUUAGAUUCGCUAAUCAAGAUAUGGGUGAAAGCUGCGAGCUGUCAACAAUGAACGAAACCACGUCGCCGUCGUAUCAAUCGACGAAUCCUACCAACCCGUUUCUCAGCGGAGAUCUACAGGCUGAGGACUCAUUCACCAGCUAUCAGAACACGUUCCCGCAACAGGAGGCACCAAGGACUCAAAGUAUGCAGAGCGUUGACUUCUAUGCUUCUUCAGAAGAGGGUGGUUUUGAAGAAGGCGGUGGCAAGCCGGGUUGCAAGAUCAACGAGUUCCAAGCUGCCUGGAACGUCACCAAUGCUAUUCAGGGCAUGUUCGUAGUAUCUCUACCGUUCGCCGUUCUCCAAGGCGGCUACUGGGCCAUCGCGGCCAUGAUCGGCAUCGCUCAUAUCUGCUGCUAUACCGGCCGCAUCCUCGUCGAGUGCCUAUACGAGGACGACCCGGCCACGGGACGACGCGUCCGCGUCCGCGACUCCUACGUCAGCAUCGCUAAGGAGUGCUUCGGCCGCAAAUAUGGUGCUAGGAUCGUUAACAUUGCUCAAAUCAUUGAACUUGUCAUGACCUGCAUUCUCUACGUCGUUGUCUGCGGCGAUUUGAUGAUAGGAACCUUCCCUGAUGGCUCCAUCGACACUCGAUCUUGGAUGAUGCUCACCGGCAUCUUCCUUUUACCUUUGGCUUUCUUGAAAUCUCUUCAAAGCGUCAGUAUGCUCUCAUUCUGGUGUACCAUGAGCCACUUAAUUAUCAACGCUAUUGUGCUUGGGUACUGUAUCCUGUACAUCGGAGAUUGGGGCUGGGGUAAAGUCAAAUGGAGUCUAGAUUUUGAGAACUUCCCGAUAAGUCUGGGUGUGAUCGUGUUCUCUUACACAUCUCAGAUAUUCCUCCCUACUCUAGAAGGCAACAUGGAAGAUCCGGGCAAGUUUGAGUGGAUGUUGAAGUGGUCACACAUCGCGGCUGCCGCUUUCAAGUCCGUGUUCGGAUACGUGUGCUUCCUGACUUUCCAAAACGAUACUCAACAGGUUAUAACUAACAAUCUCCGCUCUUCUGGAUUCAAGGGACUUGUAAACUUUUUCCUAGUGGUCAAAGCUAUUCUUAGUUACCCGUUACCGUACUAUGCUGCCUGCGAUCUGUUGGAACGUGCACUGUUUAGGGGUCGGCCUAAGACACUUUUCCCUGUGAUCUAUGCUUUGGAUGGAGAAUUAAAAGUUUGGGGCCUCGCUUGGCGGCUGGGUGUUGUCAUGUUCACAGUCUUGAUGGCGAUAUUCAUCCCACACUUUGCUAUUCUGAUGGGCUUUAUUGGAAGCUUCACUGGUACGAUGUUGAGCUUCAUAUGGCCGGCUUAUUUCCACUUGAAACUGAAAGGCCCAUACCUGGAUAGCCAGACGGUCGCCUACAACUACUUCAUCAUAUGUUUAGGGGUUCUUUUUGGAGUUAUCGGCAUGUACGACUCAGGUUCAGCUUUGAUUAAGGCUUUCCAGAUCGGUCUUCCGUUCUAAUUUUGAAUAAGUAGUUUUAGAUAAUUGUUGAACUAUUUUUAGAUAAUCGCAGACUUCGUAAAUACGGUUUUGUCGCAGAAAAGGUUCAUAAUGUUUAAACGAGUAAUCAUUUAGAGAUGUGAUGGAUAAUGUUUGUAUUCUAGAUCUGUUUAGUGUUUAAGAACGCAAAGCUAAUUUUUAUGUUAUCAAAAGUUGUUCACGUUGUCUUCCAAUGAAUUAUAUGGUUAAAAGGUUAGGAAAUUAAAGUAAUAAAAGAUAAUACUUAAUCUAAAGUCUUCCAAAAUGCUUAAUUUUUCGAUGUUAUUUAACAACGAAGUCUUCCAAUUAUUGAUAAACUGACUAGCUGAUAAUUGCUUAUAUGAUAUUUGAGGCAGAUUCAUAUUAUUAUACAUAAUUAUACUGAUAAUAUUUAAAAAGACUUCGGAAUUGCACUAAUUUUUAUAGGCUUCCAGAAUUUCUUAUCUGAUAGCCAAAAGGUAUACGUAGAAUUAUGUCGCCUAUUUAGUACACGACCUGAGAUAUCUUGAAACCAAUUCCCAAAAGCAAUAAAGUACGAGUACAGUUCACAGCAAUUAUACAUUUUGUAAUUAGAAUUAAAGCUAAAAUUUAAAAAAAAACGGUACUUAGACAAAAUUAAGGAAGGAACUCCAUGACACUUGGGAAACUCUCUCAUGAACCACUCCCAUGACACCACUCUCAUGAGCGUACUCCCAUCUUAAAGGCCGGCAACGCACUUACAACCCCUCUGGUGUUGCAGGUGUCCAUGGGCGGCGGUAAUCGCUUACCAUCAGGUGAUCCGUCUGCUCGUUUGCCUCCUCUACCAUAAAAAAAAAAAUGAAAUACCUAUCUAAAUAUAUAGUACCUAGUAAUAAAAGUUGACUAAGCUACUAAAAUGCCGUAAACGUACAUAGAAAUAUUAUCAAACAAAGAAUAUAAUAUUACAUUUUAAAAGAUCGACACAUGUGUAUCACACAUGUUUGGUCGACCUCUGAGUACUGAGUAUAAGGCAAAAAUACAUAUACAUACAUACAGAUGUAAAACCUAAAAUAUAAUAUCAAUACCGGAACAUUAGUGAAUCAUCAAAACUGAUUAAACUAUUCGAGAUAUCUCAGAACCUAAACCAAAACUUUUGUAAAAAUAACAAAGUAGAUAUUUACCUAGAUUUAUUUUUAAGAUUGCACCAUUCCUCGUAGUGUUAUUUUAAAUGAUUAGUUUUAAUCAAUUAUAAAGACACAUUUAGAUUUACAUUAUACAUUAUAUACACAAAUUUAAAUUAAAUUGGAAUGGAUUAAAAAACGCUACGUAUACAAUUUAUUCAUUUUAAUUAUGUAACGAGUCUUCCAAGGACAACAUACCAUUAUAAAUAACUGUUGUUGAUUAUAUUGUAUUAUAGAAAAUAUAAUUAUUAUACAUGUUAGCUACGUUAUAUAUGUACUUUGAAUGGAGGGGAUAUGUGAAAAUUCUUAAUCUAAUUUUAGGUAGACAGAUCGUUGAAGUAAGUAUUAUAGGAAUACAUAAUGUUGUUUCAAUUUUCUAUAAAAAGCACAACUAUCGAUUUUGGUUUAUAAAAGAUAAGUUUAUGACACAUUCCAAAAAUUGUCUGAACAGUCAAUAUUAAGAUGAAAUGACGAAAGAGAGAAAUUGUAACAAGUUUGUGAAUACUAUUUGUCUCUAUUGCAUGCCACACCUUGUAUAAUGCAAAAUUUAGAGUAGUUAUUAUUAGACUUCAGUAAAAAGACAAUAAAAUAAUGAAAACUCGAUGAUACUUUAAUACACAAAGGAUAUUUGUUAUGAAAGCGAUCUGUUUACCUAAAUUUAAACCCAAAGGGCUUCCAAAAUGGCGUUUUGUAUAAAUAACUAGAGUAAGUAUGCUUGUCUUUAGCCUAGACACGCAUUCUGCAAUGCUAGACUUAAAAGAUACAUAUACAUAGCAUUGAUAACCGUGAAAACAGUUGAAUAGUAAUCAUACAAUUUAUUUUAAGUGUGUCACAGCAUUUAUCGACACAGAAUCAGUUUAACGGUUUCCAAAGUAGGUACUAGGAAUCAAGGGUCCUAGUACUUCCAGAAUACGGACAGAGCUCUGCAGAGUGACAGGAUAGGAGACACGUGGGGAUAGGCGGAAAGAGUAAUACGACUAGCGUAGUUCUGACAGAAUGUACUUUAUUUUAAAAUACCUAUCCAUUUAUACAUGUAGGUUGUCCCUGGCACAAGCAAUAUUCGUUUGUGUUACGGUAAAGUGGUAGUGUUAAAAACACUGAAAGUGGACAUUUACCACAUUACAGGUUAAACCGAUUCUGUGGGUUAAACCUUAACCCUUUGACCGGCAAAGACGUCAAUUGGCGUGCUUGGCUACAGACCACUAUGGCUAUAUUCUAUCGACAACGAUAUCGAUCAGUUAAGAAUGACUGCUAAAGCCAACUGUAUGUUGAAAUAUGUGGUGACAACCUAAAGGGCCCUACACCACACCACUUUGACAGCUGACGAGCAAUAUUAUCCUUAUAUUCAGAAAAAAACCUGCCCUAUCUGCAGUUACAACGUAUUUAAUUAAUGCAGAUACCUGAAUGAAUACGACUGAUGACUUGACUGUUUGUGUAUCGGUUCAAUCCAAUAAAUGGGAUUUGAUAUUUAUCAAGCGGACAAGGACACAUUGUAUAGUACACUUAAUGCGUUUACUUAGCCUACAAUGUGCAAAGACCUAAUGGGCCCCUUAUAACUUUGGCAAGCGAGGCAGCAGUGAGGUGGUUAAUUUUCAUGAAUACUCGAGCACUUUUAUGCUUCUGAUCAAAGAACAAUUUAAACACGUAUUUAUAUUUUGUA